GUGCCCCAUCAGGUUGUCAGAGGGGGGGGAAAUAGUGAUCCCCAUCGUUGGUGUAGUGGGAGGAAUAGUGCCCCAAUCAUUGGUGUCAGUGGGAGGAAUAGUGCCCCCAUCAUUGGUGUCAGUGGGGGAAAUAGUAGUGGUGUGCCCAUCACUGGUGUCAGUGGGAGGAAUAGUGGCCCCAUCAUGUGUCAGUGGGGAGGAAUAGUGGCCCCAUCACUGGUGUCAGUGGGGAGGAAUAGUGUCCCAUCAUUGUGUCAGUGGGAGGAAUAACGUUUCCCAUCAUUGGUGUCAGUGGGGGAGGAAUAGUGGCCCAUCAUUGGUGUCAGUGGAGGAAUAACGCCCCAUCAUUGGUGUCAGUGGGGGAAUAGUGCCCCAUCAUUGGUGUCAGUGGGAGGAAUAGUGUCCCAUCAUUGGUAAGAGUCAGUGAGGAAUAG